UUCACACAAGAAAAACUCAAUCAACAUGAAAUUCUUCAUCGUUCUCUUCGCCCUUGUGGCCGCCGUCGCUGCCUUCCCUGGCUACGAGCACCACGCUCACCACGUUGACGCCAUCCAGGUGCCCCAGCAGCCAGCCAUCCCACCACUUCACCCUCACCCACUUCACCUGAAGGCACAUGCUCAUGUUCAGCAUAUUCCCUACCACCACGCGCACCCCGGGCAUCCCCAUCUCAUCGGCGUUGAGCACGCCGUUCACGAGCCCGAGGUUAAGCACAUCAUCAAGCCCGUCCACGGUCACGGCUGGUAAAUCAGGAAAGUCAAUCAACAGAUCCACACCGACCGGUCCACUGGUGAUCCAUCCAUAAUCGGGGAAUCAUUUCUCCAAUGAUUUUCUCAUUAUGCCGGGUUUCCGCAUACUCGGGCUCUCACUCGUUCAACUGGCGCAUUCCGAGAAUUAUGGAAUUCGUCGUCAACUCUUUUGGAUUUGUGAAAAAAAUGUGACGGGACCUGGUGACAUUCUCUUCAUGGAAAAAACGAAUUAUUCAGCGCGGAAACGGCGGAGGUGGAUUACGAGGGGACCUAGGACCAAGGCAACUUCAAGAGAAAGAAACACACAAAAGACACCUUUUCUGAGUCUCUAAAAUUUCCCCGAAAAAAACACACAUAUAAAAAAGAUGAAAUCAAAAUGAUGAAAAAUUUUUAUGUCUCUCGUGCGGCAUGUGAUAGCGAAGAAGACAUUGUACGCUCAUUUAUCCCCAUUGUAUAUUUUUUUUUCUCCCCCACAUAUCAUCCAGGACCUCGAGACUUUUAUUUAUUUUCUAAUAAAAGCUUAUUUUUAUGUCUUGUGA